AUGGAGGGGCCCAAAACCCUAGGCCCCUGUGGCCACUCCCACCCCCAGUGCCCCCAGGCUCAAGCUUCGAGCAGCCACGGAGGAUGCCUGGAUCCACCCUGCCAGGGCUUUGUAAGGUGGCCCUGCCUGGUGCCUCUCAGCUCCACUCACUCCAUAGAAUCUGCCAGGCCCUUCCCACCUCCGGGGGUGGGGGGCGGGGGGCCCAGGGUCGGGGCCGAGGUACCCGGGGGCUUUAUGGCCAGCGAAGACAGGGAGAUGCAGCGCCAGAGACCCAGAGACCCGGCGGGGGUGAGGCAAGGACACGUGGAGGCGAGGCUGGGGUGGGGCUGGCCCCUGCACUCAGGACGAGAACAAGGGGCACCCAGGCAGGGGGUGCCCCCCAGCUCGGGGCCCAGACCCUGCCCGUGCCCCCCCAUGCCCUCGGGGUCAGGAACCCCGGCCUCGCCCAGGGCAGCCGCCUCCCCGCUCCAGAGCGUGGUCCUGGGGCCUGCAGAGCAGUCCUUCCUCCAGCUGGAGCAGGAGAACCAGAACCUGAAAAGACAGAACCAAGAUCUGCGGGAGCAGCUGGGGGCCUUCCUGGGGCCAGGGCAGCAGUUCCUGCCCCUGUGCACGGAGCACUCAAGCUGUACGGCCCUGGCCUGGGCCCCGGAGCAGGCCAGCACUCGGCCCCUGGAGGACAGGGCGCCCCUGCAGCUGCUGCGGCAGGAGCUGUGCCGGGGGGAGGAGUCCUUCGUGCAGCAGUCUCAGAACGAGCUGCAGCAGAUCCGACUGUCCUUUGAGAGGAAGAAGAUGGCCAUUACCGAGGUGUGGGACGGCGUGGCUGAGGUACACAUGGCCCUGAACAACCAGGCUACUGGGCUCCUGAACCUCAAGAAGGAUAUCCGGGGAGUACUAGACCAGAUGGAGGACAUUCAGCAGGAGAUUCUGGGGGAGCGUGCCCAGUGCCGCACCCAGGCCAGGAAGGAGCAGCAGAUGGCGUGUGUAGCGAAGGCCAGGCCGCAGCUGGGAUGUUCCGAGGGCCUCAAAGGCCAGCUCUGGCUGCUGGCGCUGAGGCUGCUGCUGGGCGCCCUGCUGGCCUGCACCGCCGCCUACGUGUACGUGGUGGACCCCGCGCCCUUCGAGGGGCUGGUGCCGCCUCUGCUGAGCCGCGCUGCCGUCUGGAAGCUCCGGGCCCUGCUGGGCCCGUUCCUGCGCCUGGAGGUGGACGACUUCCUGCCCUUCUAG